AUGUAUCGAGAUGAACCAAACGAAAGGGACGGAACACGCAUUUCGGAAAAGGACCGCGUCUUAGCAUGGACGAAAGAUGUGGCAGACAGCAUAGCUGACGAAGCUCCAAGAUCGACAGUCCAAGCACCACACUCCAAAGCUCGGCAUGCAGAACGAGAGCCUCCUAAGGUGGUCGUCAAUCAAAUUAUGACAUCACCAGCCGUGGUCGUCACUCGCGUCAGGCCAGAAUCAACCCCGAAAGAUGACGAUAUCAAAACCAAGGCAAUCAUUGGAACCGUUCUAGGAGCUACAGCAGGGGCUGUUGUAGCCUAUGCCAUGACCAAAAGCCAAAUCGAAACCCUUCGCGUUGAGCAGCAAAAGAGAAUCACCACCAGAACCAUCGAAGCACCAGUCACCUACGACCCAAUUCAAGCAGACAAGGACAGUCACUCAGAGCGUUCGCAUCACUUCUCCCGCUCAGCUACCCGGAGCCAUGUCGAGGCUUCGCAUGCAUCUUCCCACGGAAAGACGGCUCGGUGGUCAAAUUUGAUACCAAUCACUGAAGUGAGAUCCGCCAAAGACGUGCCGUUGCCUUACAGUCGUGUGACUAGCUUGGCAUCCGAGGAGAGAGAAGAAAGCAAGGCGGGAAACUGCUUAAAAUCUCCGAAGGAAAGUGAAGUGGGAGUGACCAUGAACAUGGGUUUCAAAGACCGAGAACAUUGA